UUUGGGGGCCACCUGGGCUGUGCGUGGGAGUCGGGUUGGGGCGGAGCGGAGGGGAGUCAGUGCGCGGCAGGGCCGGUUCCCGCGGAGCCGCCGGAGACGGUCGGCUUUGCCAAGGCCGGGCGGGACCGCGGGGACCAUGGCGGAGCCGCCUCGGGUAAGCGGGUUGGCCUGUUUGGACGCCCGGUUUCGGGGUCGUGGUGGGUCCUCGGGUUCCGGGCUCGCCCAUGUCCUGGGGUCCCCGUGAGUGCCCGCGGUGCACGGGUAGGACGGAGUCUGCAGGCCGCUUCUGCUGGGGGUGUGGAUUCCGGACCCUGCGGUGAGCCGGUGGCCUCCGCUCCCGCGGCUUGUCCGUAGCCAAACCCCUGGACAAAGCUGAGCGUGGACCGAGGCCGACCUAGGAGCGGGGCGGAGCAUGGGCGAGGAUGCCGGGCGGGCGGGGAGCGUACGGCGGAAAGGAUAGAAAGGUUUGGGGCCAGAGGUGGAUGUUACAGGUCAGCCAGUUUUACCUCAUAGUCACCGAAAUCAGAACAACUGUUGCAAAAAAUUUAAGAUUCCGAAUGGUUGAAGUGGUGUUUGGCGGGGGCUUCAAUGUCAGAAUUUAUUUUCUAGCGUGAUUUGUAUUGAGUAUAAGAUGAUACGUUGGGAGGAGUAGAAGAGGAUACAAAAAAUUAAGUUAGUGGUUUCUUAAAAUCGAGGUUUGGAGGGUAUUCUUAUCUUGUAAACUUUAAGGUUGAGGAUUUUUGCUGAUUAUUAAAUGAAUUAGGCCGGGCGCGGUGGCUCACGCCUGUAAUCCCAGCACUUUGGGAGGCCGAGGCGGGUGGAUCCUGAGGUCAGGAGUUCGAGACCAGCCUGGCCAACAUCGUGAAACCCCAACUCUACUAAAAAUACAAAAAAUUAGCCGGGCAUGGUGGCAGGCACCUGUAAUCCCAGCUACUCGGGAGGCUCAGGCAGGAGAAUUGUUUGAACCCGGGAGACGGAGGUCGCAGUGAGCCGAGACUGCGCCAUUGCACUCCAGCCUGGGCAACAAGAGCGAAACUCCGUCUGCAAAAUAUGUACAUACCUAUACAUAUGGGGAAAGGAUAUAAACAGCCAAAUCACAGACCUGAAAAUAAAUUAUUAAUGAGUAAAAGAAUGGAUUUUAAAACUUGUGACAUUCAGGCCAGGCGCGGUGGUUUACGCCUGUAAUCCCAGCACUUUGAGAGGCCGAGGUGGGCAGAUCAGUGGAGGUCAGGAGUUCAAGACCAGCCCGGCCAACAUGGCGAAAAACCGUCUCUACUAAAAAAUACGAAAAUUAGCUGAGUGUGGUGGCGGGCGCCUGUAAUCCCAGCUCCUCGGGAGACUGAGGUAGGGAGAAUUGCUUGAACUCGGGAAGUGGAGGUUGCAGUGAACUGAGAUGGCACCACUGCACUCCAGCCUGGGCGACAGAGCGAGACUCUAUCUCAAAAACAAACAAACUUGUGACAUUCAGACGGUGGAAAACUAUACAAAAUUAAAAUAAAUUAGCUACAUAUAUAAUCAACAGGGCUGGGUGUGGUGGCUCACGCCUCUAAUCCCAGCACUUUGGGAGGCCAAGGCGGGCGGAUCACGAGAUCAGGAGAUCGAGACCAUCCUGGCUAACACGGUGAAAACCCGUCUCUACUAAAAAUACAAAAACAAAAAUUAGCCGGGAGUGUUGGUGGGAGCCUGUAGUCUCAGCUACUCAGGAGGCUGAGGCGGGAGAAUGGCGUGAACCCGGCAGGCAGAGCUUGCAGCGAGCCGAGAUCGCGCCACUGCACUCUAGCCUGGGCGACAGAGCAAGACUCUGCCCCCACCCCCAAAAAAAAAAAACUCAGCAGGGCCAGAUCCCAAAAUGUUGAGGGAAGAAUAUAAGUAUAAAGUAUUUAUGUAUAAAAGACACAAAGUAAUACUGAAUAUUUACAGAUACAUAUAUGCAUUAAAAUGAAUUGGAAAGUUCCCAUAUUAUGUUUGCCUUUACAAAGGAAGGAGAAUGUGACAAUAUCAGAACGUGAUUGAAGAGAGGAACCACAAGAACUUGAGUUUCACCUGUCACAUUCUAUUUCAUUAAAAGGAACUCUGAAGAAAAAUGUUAAACUUAUUAAGUCAGUGGUGAAUACUAGGAUGCUUAUAGUUUUCUCUGUAACUUUCUGGAUCUUUAAACUUCUAAAAAUUAAAAAAAGUUUUAAAAGUAAGGAAUUUUAAUCAGAGAAGAGGAGAGAAUGAGUAUCUUUAAUACAGAAGUAUAAACAUAUGUUCAGUUCUGCAAUAAUACAGCAUAUGCAUUUCUAAAAAUCAUAGUGCUAUGCAAAAUUGUGCAAUAAAAACCACAGAGCUUAUUGGGAGAAAUGUUACACAUACAAUACUCAAACUUACAUCAGUGAUGUGUUGAAAGAACCUAAAAGCAGUUUUAUGCACUUUAAUGAUUAAUAAAUUAUCUUAAUUGCCUUAAAAACUGCCUGAAAUAAGCCUGGGCAGGCCAGGCACGGUGGCUCACGCCUGUAAUCCCAGCACUUUGGGAGGCCGAGGCGGGCAGAUUAGCUAAGGUCAGGAAUUCAAGACCAGCCUGGCCAACAUGGUGAAAUCUCGUCUCUACUAAAAAUAAAAAAAUUAGCUGGACGUGGUGGGGGGCAUCUGUAAUCCCAGCUACUCGAGAGGCUGAGGCAGGAGAAUCACUUGAACCUCGGAGGCAGAGGUUGCAGUGAGCUGAGAUCACGUCAAUGCAUUCCAGCCUGGGUGACAGAGCAAGACUCGGUCUCGAAAGAAAGAAGGACAAAAAAAAAAAUAAGCCUGGGCAACAUGGUGAGACCCCUCUCUACAGAAAAUUAGCCAGGCGUGGUGGCAUAUCCCUGUGGUCCCAGCUACUCGGGAGGCUAAGGCAACAGAAUCACUUGAGCCCAGGAGAUCAAAGCUAUGCUACCUCUGACUUUUGAGGAUGUUGCCAUUUAUUUCUCCGAGCAAGAAUGGCAGGAUCUAGAGGCAUGGCAGAAGGAGCUUUACAAGCAUGUGAUGAGAAGCAAUUAUGAGACUCUCAUCUCUCUAGAUGAUGGACUUCCAAAACCAGAACUAAUAUCCUGGAUUGAACACGGGGGAGAGCCUUUCAGGAAAUGGAGAGAAUCACAGAAAUCAGGAAACAUAAUUUGCUCCUCUGUUGAUAUGCAUUUUGAUCCAGGUUUUGAGGAACAGCUGUUUUGGGGAAGCCAGCAGGCUGUGAAUUCAGGAAAAACUAAAAGCCAUUUCCAAUUAGAUCCUGAGAGCCAGUGUUCCUUUGGAUCCUUUGUUUCCUUCAGGCCUGACCAAGGCAUCACCCUCGGGAGCCCACAGAGACACGACGCCAGGGCUCCUCCGCCACUAGCCCGCGGCCCCAGUGAAUCUACCCUAAAAGAAGGAAUCCCAGGUCCCAGAAAUCUGGAUCUUCCUGGUUUGCGGGACGUCCCCACCUGGGAGAGCACCCAGCACCCUUGUCCUGUCUGUGGGGAAAGCUGUUGGGAGAACAACCAUUUAGUAAUGCACCAGAGAGGCCACUCAAAGGACCGGACACGUAGGGCCUGGGAGAAAUUCAACAAGAGGGCGGAGACGCAGAUGCCGUGGAGCAGCCCUCGGGUACAGAGGCACUUCCGGUGUGGCGUGUGCGGUAAGAGCUUCCGCCGGAAGCUGUGUCUGCUGCGCCAUGUGGCGGCCCACACGGGGAGGGGCCCCUUCCAGAGCGCUGACGGUGAAAUGUGCUUCCGACACGAGCUGGCCCAUCCCAGCCACCGCCUCCCGCAGCAGGGGGAGAAGCCUGCUCAGUGCACCCCAUGCGGCAAGGGCUCCCUCCCAGUGGACAGCACGCAGGCUCGCCGGUGCCAGCACAGCCGGGAGGGGCCGGCCUCUUGGAGAGAAGGCCGCGGGGCCUCUAGCAGUGUGCACUCGGGACAGAAGCCAGGCUCGCGCCUGCCCCAGGAGGAGAGCGGCCACCAGGAAGGGGACACGGAGGCGCUGCAGCACCGCGCAGAGGGGCCCUGCUCCUGCUCGGAGUGUGGCGAGCGCUCCCCUAUGAGCGCCAGACUCGCCAGCCACUGCAGGGCGCAUACUGGAGAAAAUCCCUUCCAGUGUCCGCAUUGCACCAAGCGCUUCCGCCUGCGCCGCCUGCUGCGGGUCCACCAGCACGCGCACGGUGGGGAGAGACCGUUCUCCUGCAGGGUGUGUGGCAAGGGCUUCGCCAAGCAGUGUAAACUCACGGAGCACAUUCGAGUCCACAGUGGAGAGAAGCCUUUCUGGUGUGCCAAGUGUGGCAGGAACUUCCGUCAGAGGGGACAGCUGCUGCGGCACCAGCGGCUGCACACGGACGAGAAGCCCUUUCAGUGCCCAGAGUGUGGGCUGAGCUUCCGCCUGGAGAGCAUGCUGAGAGCCCACCGGCUCCGGCACGGUGGGGAGAGGCCGUUCUCUUGUAGCGAGUGUGGCAGAGGCUUCACCCACCAGUGCAAGCUCCGUGAGCACUUGAGAGUGCACAGCGGGGAGAGGCCCUUCCAGUGCCUGGAGUGCGACAAGCGCUUCCGCCUGAAGGGCAUCCUGAAGGCCCACCAGCACACGCACAGCAAGGAGAGGCCGUUCUCGUGCGGGGAGUGUGGCAAGGGCUUCACCAGACAAUCCAAGCUCACGGAGCACUUGCGCGUGCACAGCGGGGAGAGACCCUUCCAGUGCCCGGAGUGCAACAGGAGCUUCCGCCUGAAGGGGCAGCUGCUCAGCCACCAGCGCCUGCACACGGGAGAGAGGCCCUUCCAGUGUCCGGAGUGCGACAAGCGCUAUCGCGUGAAGGCCGACAUGAAGGCCCACCAGCUGCUGCACAGCGGGGAGAUGCCUUUCUCCUGUGAGUGUGGCAAGGGCUUUGUGAAGCACUCCAAGCUCAUCGAACACAUCAGGACGCACACGGGAGAGAAGCCUUUUCAGUGUCCCAAGUGUGACAAGAGUUUCCGCCUGAAGGCGCAGCUGCUCAGCCAUCAGGGCCUGCACACAGGGGAGAGGCCUUUCCACUGCCCUGAGUGUGACAAGAACUUCCGGGAAAGGGGACACAUGCUGAGGCACCAGCGCAUCCACAGGCCCGAGAGGCCCUUUGCCUGUGGCGACUGUGGAAAGGGCUUCAUUUACAAGUCUAAGCUUGCAGAGCACAUCAGAGUACACACAAAAUCCUGUCCUGCUCCAAAUGAACUGGACAUUAAGAAAAGGCUCAGCCAACUGUUUGCAAUGAUAGAAGCCGAUUGGAGUUGAGGCAGAGUGGGACAUCCAAAGCGUUGAGCAGGAUUGGUACUGCCCAGGCAUCCACAGCAACAGUAGCCAGACCCGGUGGUAGACGGGUUUUAGGAGCAGGUGUCCUUCUUUGAGCAAGAGUGUCAUGCAAGUUAAGAAUAUGAAGAACCACAAAGGAUUUUCUCUUCAGAAACAUCACCAAUUAUAUUUCUUUCUUUUUUUUUUUUUCUCCAAGAUGGAGUCUUGCUCUGUCACCCAGGCUGGAGUGCAGUGGCGUGAUCCCGGCUAUAUUGGAAAAGACAGCAUUAUAAAACAAGGACAUAAUUUUAUGAAAAAGGAGGCAUCUGCAAAAGAAAACAAUUUCUAUGAGGUUAUAUGUGAUUGUUAACAUUUUUAAGAAAAAGUGCACACAGAAAUCCAGAUAAGAUGUGAUUACCUUUGUGCAUUUAUAUAAAAAUAUAUGUGUGUAAUUACAA